AUGACGACGCCGCUCCUCGUGUAUCCAGAGCGUAAUAAGCAGAAAAUAAUCGACCAGAAAGACAAAAAUUCUCCAAUUUACCAUCAACCGUGAGUCGAUUUGAACCCGACCAUCAAAAAAUCUAUUUUCCAGACGCCUUCGUCGCUCUCAAACCCGGCUGAAUUCCGACACGAAGUUCUUCUUCCAUGACUUCUACAUUGACAAGAUCGAAGAGUAUUGCCCUCCGUCAGAUACAAAUGUAAGUCCUUUCAAGCGAUUUUACUAUUUUCAAAAGUUUCAGGUCAAGAAGUAUAAACACAUCACAUCACCAAAAAAGAUCGUGACAACUCCGAAGGCGAGAGCCGUGACUUCCCUGCCGUUCCGUCGAGAUCAGCAGACGAAAACUCCGAAAAGGGUACCGAUCAAGCGUCGGAACAAGUCCGACACGGGAAUCGCUCCGAAAAGGAAAAGAAGGUUACUUUUUUUGAAGAAGAAAAAUGCUUUGAGAGAAACUUUUUAUUGAGUGAUGAAGAUCGAUUUUUGGCCUCCAAUUGAACUUUUGAGGAAAAUUUUCUGAAUUGUAGUUUAGGACUUCCUGAUUCCAAAACAAGAAAAUUUUUCUCGCAAUAGAUCUGGUUUUCGAUUUAUAGAAACGUUUCCUAAAAAACCAUUUUCUCAUAAUUUUCUAGAAGACUUCCCAACCCUUUAAAAAACCCUUUUUCUCUAGACUUUCGGAAAUUGAUUCAUCGAUUUCCAGGGCUCUCAGCACCGAACGUUCGUCGGAACGCAAAACAGGGAAAGAAGUUCGCGAAGAAGAAGAAAAAGAAGAAAAAGACGAUUUUUCUGUGGACGAUGCGGCCAAAGACAACGACUCUGAUGUGAUUUCUUUGGGUUAGCAUAAUUUAACUCGAAUUUAUUUUUAUUUUUCAUAAUAAAUGAACUAAAUUGACGACAUGAAUUUUAGAAAGGAAAAUAUUCAGAUUUCAGAAAGAAACUGGUUUUUAUUCCAUAUUUCCUCUGUUUCUUUCUGUUUGAAUGUAUGGAAAAUAUCAAAAAAAUUAGUUUUUUUCUGAAGUGUUGGCUGGAUGAGAGGAACUUGAAAAGAUCAGACGAUAAAAAAAUCAGAAUAUUUUUUUGUUGAAUUUUUCCAUGAAGCUUAUUGAGAUUGAAAAUUUUUCAGACGUCUUUGAGAUGAACCUCGAUGACCCGAUCAUUCUCAGCGACUCCGACGAAGGUUUUUUUCUUAUUUUUAAAGUUCAAUAAUUUGUUAAAAUAUGCUUGAUUUCUCUAAAAACGAAUCAAAUCUCCCAAUCGACUUAAAAUUACAUCAGCUUCUAAAUGUUAUAAAAUCAUAUUUUACUUUUUUAACACUUUUGGUAUGAUAAAUAAGGCUAAGGAAGCUCAGUUUGAGGAUUUUUCUUCGGAAAAACUCUAAAUUACCGUUUAGAUAUCUUUUCGUUUGCGAAAUAGCAGCGACUUUAAAAAAAACCACCAUAAAUAUUUAAUUUUUUUUUAAAAUUUGACUUAGCGAUUCAUAGGAUAAUUUUAGAAGACGUCUUUGAGGCCAGACUCGAAGAAGUUUUUGAACAUGGGCGACCGCGAAAAAAAGGUGUCGAUAAUUAG